AAAAAAAUGUUUAAGAAUUUUAAAUUAAUUUUGUUGUUUACGUUAUUUUUAUUUAAUGAAAAUAACGCCGCCAAUCCAUCAUUUACGCUUCAAAAGUGUAACAAAGUUUCUAAAUUUUUACUUGAAGAGACUUAUGGAUGCAACUGUAACGGUGGUUUUAUAGAUAUUGAACCUGUUGAUGAAAUUGACAAAUGCUGUCAAAUCAGAAAACGAUUACAGUUACCUUUGUUUAUUAAUCGAAUAUGUACCAAAGAAAAUACUCCAAAAUUUUAUUUUCGAAAAUACACGUGUGAGACGUUAUAUAAUGAGAGCUGCUCUGAUCCCAUAACUGAAUGUGAAAUUGGCUUGUGUAAAUUUUUAGAUUUGAUGGACUGUUUUCUUCAAUAUUCUUUACCAAAGGAACGAAAAGCUUGUGUACUAGUAAAUAAAUUAAAUGGGAAUGAAACUGUUCGAAUGACUAAAUCUGUUGGGAAAACUAUCGAUGAAUUUUUAUAGAGAGAACAAAAGAUUUAUAAAAAUGAGAUUAAAUAUCAUAAACUUCUAUAAACGAUUGAAUUUUUAUUAUUCGAAAAAUAUUUCGAUAAAUUAAGCAAAUAUAUAAAUUGUCGAAUUUUUUAUUGGUAAAGUCAGGGGUGUGUCGAAACUUUUUAAAAAGAAAAUAUGAAAUAACAAAAUGUGGCGAAAAUCG